GCGGGCACGUCCGGUUGACUGACAGCUCGUGCCGCGGCAUCGGGAAAGGACCCGGCUGCUCGCGGGCGGCGCAGUCGCCGCAGCCGCGGAGUCCGACGGCGCCGGUUCGCUUCGCUGUGUGCCCGCGGUGAGAGAUGCUGUAGGGCCAGGUGAGCUGCUGCGAAGGACUCAUUCUUGGUGGCCAGCAGUUACCGGCAACUUGUGAGCUUGGUGGGCUCCUACUAACACACCUGGGACGCCAGGCUGCCAGGCUCCCCUCCAGGCAGCCUCCCCAGCAGCUCCCCAGAGCCAUGGAGGCCCCGGAGGUCCCCGUGGGCUCACUAAUCGACUUUGGGCCUGAGGCACCCACCUCCUCUCCCCUGGAGGCACCACCCCCUGCACUGCAGGACGGGGAUGGCUCCCUGGGGGAUGGCGCGUCAGAGAGUGAGACCACUGAGUCUGCGGACAGUGAGAAUGACAUGGGCGAGUCACCCUCACACCCGUCCUGGGACCAGGACCGCCGCUCCUCCUCCAACGAGUCCUUCUCCUCCAGCCAGAGCACCGAGUCUACCCAGGAUGAAGAGACCCUGGCACUCAGGGACUUCAUGCGUGGCUACGUGGAGAAGAUCUUCUCUGGAGGGGAGGAUUUAGAUCAGGAGGAGAAAGCUAAGUUUGGAGAGUACUGCAGCAGUGAAAAUGGAAAAGGCCGGGAGUGGUUUGCUCGAUACGUGAGUGCCCAGCGCUGCAACUCCAAGUGUGUCUCAGAAGCAACCUUCUACCGCCUGGUGCAGUCUUUUGCAGUGGUGCUGUUCGAGUGUCAUCAAAUGGAUGACUUUGGGCCUGCCAAGAACCUCAUGACCAUGUGCUUCACCUACUACCACAUCGGAAAACCGCAGCUGCUGCCCCCGGAGUCCCGGGAGAAGCCCACGGGCGGCAUCGACUCCUACCUGAAAUCCGCAAACAGCUGGCUGGCCGAGAAGAAGGACAUCGCCGAGCGGCUGCUGAAGAACACCUCGGCCAGGACUGAGAACGUCAAGGGCUUCUUCGGGGGGCUAGAGACCAAGCUGAAGGGGCCCCUGGCCAGGAGGAACGAGGAAGACGAGAACAAACCCCAGGAGAAGCGGCCCAGGGCUGUGACCGUGUACAGCCCCGAGGACGAAAAGAAGGGGGAGAAGAUCUACCUGUACACGCACCUGAAGCAGCAGCCCAUCUGGCACACGCUGAGGUUCUGGAAUGCAGCCUUUUUUGAUGCUGUCCAUUGUGAGAGGACAAAGCGAUCUCCCACUACCAGGGAGAAGUGGUGCCACAUGACGCAGGAGGAGCGCGAUGAUAGCCUCCGGUUCAACGAGAACAUCACCUUUGGGCAGCUGGGCACAUUCUCACACAACAUGCUGGCCUUCGGACUGAACAAGAAGCUGUGCAAUGACUUCCUGAAGAAGCAGGCUGUGAUUGGCAACCUGGAUGAAGAGCAAUACAAGCUGCUUAGUGACCACAUUGAGCAAAUGGCCACUGAGUAGGCCCCAGAGGUCACACUCUGCAGGAGGACUGAGACCAUGUGCCAUUCUCCCAGGCCCAGUGCCUGGCCGUCACCCCACCCGUGACCUGCAUGAAGCCAGCAGCACCCAGAGCCGCACCUGCUGCCCUAGAACUAGUGGUUAGAAGAAUCCGCUGCUCCUCCCUCUUCUCCUCUGCCUGUGUCUGCGCCCCCCCCAUCCAUGUGCCAAAGUGUCCCUUGGGUCAUACGGCUAAGGCCAAGGUGAUCAGCUGUACCCCGAGUGCCAGGCUUGUGAGAUGAGACCAAGAGGGAAGAGGGGAAGGAUGCUGUGGGCCAUCGUGGGCCAAGGGCUGGCGAGGGUGGGGCAGGCAAGAGAUGCAGGCAGGACAGCCAUGAGGUGGGGCUGCAGCCGGCACACCCAGUGGUGGAGGACUGGCACUGCCACUCAUGGUGGGCGGCCCUGGGCCACAUUCCCUGCAAUGGGUGCACACCUGGCUCCCAUCCAGCCCUCUCAGUGUGGGGCUGUGGCCGGUCCUCACUCUUCCCCAGUCUCCCUCUGUGGGGCAGGAACGGGAAGUCAUAGGACCCUUGAGGAAGAAACGCCUGUUUUAGGGAGUGAGUGGGAGUGGUGCAGAGGAUGCUCUUGGCUGGCUGGAGCAAGACCCGGCUCCCACCAGAAGGACGUGUGUGUGCCCUGCAGACGGCCCGGGAUCUGUGUGUCUCCGCCAGAGCCACAGCAGUGCCGAGGUGUCUGCAGCAGACCACACAGACCAUCUGAAAUGCGCCCGCCUGGCGGACAGCUCCCUUCUGAAGCAGAGAAGGCUCCACGGUCACAAAGCAGCGUUGUGCCGUGUGUCCCUCACAAGAAGCACAGGAAAGAGAAGUUUCUUUAGUAGUCACUAAACAACCACCCUUUCUAAAAGCAAACAGUGCUGCUCUUUAUUCCGGGCAAGGCAGGAAAGUCUGAGUUGGGAGAGACAGCAGCUGGAGAGAGGCAGUUCUGUGUGACGUGUGGGGUGAGCCAGUGGCAUGGACUCUGCCUCUAAGGGCUGAGCACUGGGCCUCUUCCCCCAGGGGCUGCAGAAGGGGCUUUUUCCUUCCCCACCAGACCUGUGCAGCUCCUUCCUCCAGCUCUGCAGAGACUCCCUUCACCUCGCACCUACUGCCUGGGAACCAUGGCUCUUCUCUUCUGUGGAUCUGAACCAGGCACUCCAGGCCAGCCCGUGGCCCCGGGGCCUGACCCUGACACCUGCAUGCUGGGUCCAGAGCCUUCUGUUUUGCCAUAUGUGGACGCUGCCAGCCUGCCUGGGGUCCCCUGCCUCCUACCCGUCACUGCUGUGGUCCCUGACUGCCAAAUAAGCCCGCAGGGCUCUCCCUCCGCCCGCCAUCCUCCCCUCCCGCCCUUCCUGGCUACCUCCUCUGAGAUUCGGUCAGAUAAGUCCCGUCUUAUUUGUAAGCCUGAGAGUCACUUACCCGGCCACUGCUUGGAAGGUUUCCCUCCAGGGAAUGCCUCCCCGGAAUGAUCCAGAGACGAGCACAGAUUGGUUGGAUCACAGAAUGGUGUGUCUGGGGCAUUAUCUGAAAUGUGUCAUCUGAUGCGUUUGGACCACAUGUCGCCAGACUGCAGAAUGGGGGAGCCGGGGCUCAGGGCCCCUGGCUACAUGAUGCAUGAGUGAUUUCAGCCUGGCAAUGCCGCUGGCCAGACAGUGGCCAUGCUGCCAGUGCGCCCGCCAUGAGUUGGGCCGGGGUGGGGGAGUUGCGCAGGCUGGGGUGCCGCUUCCUCCAUCGUUGGACCCGAACGGCCAUGUCUCCACCGAAUCCAUUUAGAGAAACAUCAGAGAGCAAGGGGUGUGCAGACGCCCCUCGCUCUGAUGCCAACUGCAAAUAAUACACACCUCCUGCGGUGUCCAGCCACGGCUCCAGGGCACUGCUCUCCUCCCCACACCGACGAAACUCAGGCCGCACUGAGGGCUGACUGUCCGGGAGCUGCCUUCAGCUGCCUCGUUGUCAGUGUUCUUAGUCAUGUAUUAUUCGUGUUAGCUGAAAUGCAUUCAGCCUUUCUUCUGCGGUGCCCACAAGACUUACCCCUGUAUGUGUAGGAUUUUUGUUUGGAAGUUUUGUUUGAUUCUGAGACUCUCUUGGGGGCACUGGAGGGCUUGUGCACAGCCUCUGGAAGGAAAGGCAGCACUGACUUGGUUGGACUUUUUUCCGAGCACUUUGACUUCAAAA